UGGACAUGCGCAAUGCACUCACUGACCUUCCUUAUGCGGCCUCGUCCAGUAGCUAGACGAGGACCUUGAGUGUGUAUGACAUUGUUCUUUCAUUUGGAUUAAUCUGACAGAAACCGGACCAUGCCGGGUUCGGUGGAGGUUCCCACUUUUAAUGACUUGAAUGUUGAGGAGAUCAGUGUGUCAUCUGCGGUGCUGAAGGGAGCUGCCCACCACUAUGGCUCACAGUGUGACAAGGCCAACAAGGAGUUCAUGCUCUGUCGCUGGGAGGAGAAGGACCCUAGGAAGUGUCUGAACGAAGGGAGGAAAGUCAACGAGUGUGCACUUAACUUCUUCAGGCAGAUAAAGGGGAGCUGUGCUGAGUCCUUCACAGAGUACUGGACCUGCCUGGACUACUCCAACCUGGCAGAGCUGCGUCAGUGCCGCCAACAGCAGCAGGCCUUUGACAGUUGUGUGCAGGACAAGCUGGGCUGGGAGAGACCCAACCUGGGAGAACUGUCCAAGGUGACAAAGGUGGACACCUCUCGUCCCCUUCCUGAGAAUGCUUACCACUCGAGACCCCGGCCAGAGCCCAACCAUGUGAUCGAGGGCCAGCUGCAGCCAGCCAAGCACGGCAGCAGACUCUUCUUUUGGAGCUGGUAAAGGGUAAUCUUCCCAGCCUCCGCACCAAUCCUCACCUUAACCAUUAGUGAGGGGGGGGUGCAAAACUAGGGGCAACUUCACCCUACACCGGAAGGCAGUCCUCCAGAGCCUAUCCCAUCAUGCCUGCUGUCUUGUCCAGUACAGCCACCAUCACCAGACCUGGUUGGAUAGGAAGGGACGUCUGCGUGCACCAGCCAUCGUCACAUCUCCUCCUAUGUUGUAGAAAUGAUCAUGAAUGAACAAAAACUACUUGUGUUUAUUGUUGUGAAAUAAAUACUAAAUGUUGAA